GUUUGGAAACGACAGAGACGUAUAUGUAAUCUCGCAUUUAAGGCUUUGCCUAUACAUUUAUUCGUUGAAACAGGAUUAAAAUUGAUGAAUAACUUAGAACAAAUUGAUAAUAAGCCUAUUGAAGUUGUGGAUCUUAUGCAUAGAUUCACCUUGGAUGUUCUUGGAAAAACUGUCUUUGAUUUUGACUUUAAUAAUCUUGGAGAUCCAACCAAUGCCUAUGUAACAGCAUAUGAUGAUGUUCAGGAAGAACUUAAAAAUGUUAUAUUUACACUUCUUCCAUUAGAUCGCAUUCCGUAUUUUAGGAAUAAACGUCUUAAGAAGAUUGAGAGAUUGGAAAAAUUGUUUGAUGAAAUGAUUGAAAAGAAACAUAAAUCUAUAGCUGCUGGAAGAUCUAGUGGCGACCUUUUAGAACUUAUGAUAAAUGCUUGCAAUGAUCAAGAUAAUCCAAGUUUAACUGAUAUUGAAUUAAGG